AGCAACAACAACAAUAGCCGGAAAAACUAAACAGCAACAUGUUAAAGCGUUUACAAAUCAUAAAGCCGGUCAUCGGCCAGAGCAUGCGUCAAAAGCUUUCCUCCUAUGCCAAACAGCCGGGUGGCGGUGCACAAGAUAUGCGUCCAGCAGCACAGGGUAAAAUCAAAUUGGAAUCUCCCACGGUAAUUUCACAAGUUGAGCGAAAAUUCCACGAGGGUAAGCAGUACAGCGGUUUCGAAUGCAUUCGCUGUGAAAAUGUACCAGAAUUCGGUAUAAUGUCAUAUACAUUCCGUCACCUGGGCACCGGAACAGAAUUAUGGUAUUUGGAUCGCAAGGAUAGUAAUAAUGUGUUUUCGGUCAAUUUCCGUACCACACCUUUUGAUUCGACCGGUCUGCCACACAUUUUGGAACAUUGUGUGCUGUGCGGCUCACAAAAGUAUCCGGUGCGUGAUCCAUUCUUUAAAAUGCUAAAUCGUUCGGUGGCCACAUUUAUGAAUGCCAUGACCGGUCCGGAUUAUACAAUGUAUCCAUUUUCAUCGAUGAACGAAACGGAUUAUAGGAAUUUGCAGAAAAUCUAUUUGGAUGCGGUAUUUAGACCCAAUUUGGAAUAUUUGGACUUUUUGCAAGAAGGCUGGCGUUUGGAACAUUCCAAUUUGAAGGACAAAGAAUCGGAAUAUGUCAUCAAGGGUGUUGUGUACAAUGAAAUGAAGGGUGCAUUCUCGGAAAAUUCAUCAAUUUUCGGACAAAAUCUUCUCAACAAUUUAUUACCCGAUCAUACCUAUGGUUAUGUGUCGGGUGGAAAUCCCCUUGAAAUACCCAAACUGACACAUACAAAUCUGGUUGAUUUCCAUCGUAAAUAUUAUCAUCCCAGUAAUGCUCGCAUCUAUGCCUAUGGAUCAUUUGAUUUGAGCAAAACAUUGGCCUGUGUUAACGAGGAGUAUCUCAGCAAAUAUGAACCCAUCGAUAAUAGCUAUAGCCGUAUACCCAAUCAACCGAGAUGGAAUAAACCACGCAAUGUCCAUAUCUCUAGUCGUUUCGAUAAUAUGGGAGCACCCUUCGAGAAGCAAAAUCAAAUUGCUAUCGCCUUGUUAAUGUCCGAUGUGACAGAUAUUCAAGAAACAUUUGUCCUGUACGUUUUGUCGGAGCUGUUGGUAAGGGGACCCAAUUCACCGUUCUAUCGUAAUUUGAUUGAACCGAACUUUUCGGGUGGUUACAAUCAAACCACCGGUUUUGAUCCACAAAUUAAGGAUACAUUCUUCUGUGUGGGUCUGCAAGAUUUGAAGGUGGAUGAUUUUGGCAGGGUGCAAGAAUUGUUUGAUGCCACCGUCAAGGAGGUCAUAGAAAAGGGCUUUGAUGCCAAACACAUUGAAAGUGUUCUACACAAUAUCGAGUUGUCAUUGAAACAUCAAUCGCCACAAUUUGGUUUGGGAUUGUUAUUCAAUUCUACACCGCUGUGGAAUCAUGAAGGUGAUGUGGUACAGAACCUAAGAGUAUCCAGUAUGAUAAGCAAUUUCCGUGCGGAAUUACAAAAUGAUUCACAAUAUUUGCAAAAGAAAAUGGCCCAUUACUUUGCCAAUAAUACCCACAGACUGACACUGACCAUGUCUCCCGACGAUACCUAUGAAGAUAAUUUCAAAACCGCCGAAUUGGAAUUGUUGCAAAAGAAAAUUGUGGCCUUAGAUCAUGAGAAGAGAACCAAAAUCUAUGAAAAUGGUUUGAAAUUGGAAGAAGCCCAAAAGGCGCCACCAAAUUUGGAUAUUUUGCCAUGCUUGAAGUUGAGUGAUGUACAAGAGGCCCCCAAACUACAACCCUUGGAUGUGGUUAAGGUACAAAAUGUUCCCACACAAGUGUGUAAUGUGCACACCAAUGAAAUCUCCUAUUUCAAGUGUUACUUUGAUGGCUCCUCGCUGUCACAAGAAGAGAUUUUGUUAAUACCACUCUUCUGUAAUAUUAUCAACGAUAUGGGUACUAAAAAUUAUGACUAUAGAGAUUUUGAUAAGCUGGUAUUAUCGAAGACGGCUGGUAUUAAUUUCAAAUUACAUUUUGCCGAAAAUAUCUACGACAGUAAAACAUUCGAUUUGGGUGUUCUGAUGACCACACAUGCCUUGGAUAAAAAUGUUGAGGCAAUGUUCGAUUUGAGUAAAGAGCUGUUGUUGAAUUUCAAAAUGGACGACGCGGAGCGUGUUAAAAUGUUGCUCGAUAAUUAUAUGUCCAACAUUUCGGUAGGCAUUGCCAGUUCGGGACAUUUAUAUGCCAUGCAGUCGUGUGCUGGUUUGGUUACCGAUUCGGCUAAAUUGAAAUCCAUGUUGGCCGGUGUGGAACACAUUGAGUAUAUGAAACAAUUUGCCACGGACAAUAGUAUUGAACAAAUUAUGAGUAAAUUAAAGAAUUUGGGAGAGAAGCUGUUCAAUAAGAAAACAAUGCGUAAUGCUGUCAACACCUCGGAGGAAUUUUAUCCCAGCUUUAUUCAGGCCUAUGAGAAAUUCUUGGGUGAUUUGCCGGAACAGGCAGUGGAGAAGGGGGAAAAUAAAGUAAACCUCUUGGAGCCAAGCUGUCAACAUUUUGUGAUGAAUAUUCCGGUUAAUUAUUGUGCCAAGGCCCUGUUUACUGUGCCGUAUACCCAUCGAGAUCAUCCAACAUUGAAAGUGUUGGCCAAAUUGAUAUCGGCCAAAUAUCUUUUGCCUGUGGUGAGAGAACAAAAUGGUGCCUAUGGCGCUGGCGCCAAAAUCGGUUCCGAUGGCAUCUUCAGCUUCUUCAGUUAUCGUGAUCCCAAUUCCACCAAAACCCUGGAAGCCUUUGACAAUACAUAUCAGUGGUUGCAAGAGAACAAUUCACUGUUGAAUGAACAAACAUUGUUUGAAGCCAAAUUGGGGGUGCUGCAACAGCUGGAUGCCCCCAUUGCUCCCGGAAAUCAAGGUAUUGAUUUCUUCCUGUAUGGGGUUAGUCAAGAAAUGUUCCUUAAAUAUAGAGCGCGUAUGUUGGCCGUCACAAUGAGCGAACUGCAACAGGCCGUGGAGAAAUAUUUCAAAACACCACCCACAUAUUAUGGCAAAUGUUUGUUGGGUCCCGAAAACAAGGAUUUGGAAGCUGUUACCAAACUUAAAUGGAAGGUUAUAAAUUAAGGCACACACACGCAUCGACUAGAUUUUAGUAUAGGGCAUUAUGUGUGUUAUGUUUUGU